AUGGGAGGGGCAAAUCUGAGUCGAGGGGUUGAGUUCGAGCUCUUGGGCCUCACUAGUGACCCUCGGCUGCAGAGGCUGCUCUUCGUGGUGUUCCUGGGCAUGUACAGCGUUACUCUGCUGGGGAACCUGGUCCUGUUUCUCCUGAUCCACACGAGUGCCACGCUGCACACACCCAUGUACUCCCUCCUGAAGAGCCUCUCCCUCUUAGAUUUCUGCUACUCUUCCACCAUUGUCCCUCAGACCCUGGUGAACUUCUUGGCCAAGAGGAAGGUGAUCUCCUAUUUUGGCUGCAUGGCUCAGAUGUUUUUCUAUGCGGGUUUUGCCACCAGUGAGUGCUAUCUCAUCGCUGCCAUGGCCUAUGACCGCUAUGCUGCAAUUUGUAACCCUCUGCUCUACCCAGCCGUCAUGUCUCCCGAGGUCUGUGCCUCUCUGAUUCUGGGCUCCUAUGGUGCAGGAUUUCUCAAUUCUCUUAUCCACACGAGCUGUAUCUUCAGUCUGAAAUUCUGUGGUGCUCACGUGGUUACUCACUUCUUCUGUGAUGGACCACCCAUCCUGUCACUGUCUUGUGUGGACACUUCCCUGUGUGAGAUCCUGCUCUUCGUUUUUGCUGGUUUCAACCUUUUGAGCUGCACCCUCACCAUCUUGAUUUCCUACUUCUUAAUCCUCAUCACUAUUGUGAGAAUGAGCUCCACUCAGGGCAGAUUCAAAGCAUUUUCUACCUGUGCGUCCCACCUCACCGCUGUCUGCCUUUUCUUUGGCACGACACUUUUUAUGUACCUGCGCCCCAAGUCCAGCUACUCCCUGAUGCAGGACCGCACUGUUGCUGUGAUUUACACAGUGGUGAUCCCAAUGUUGAACCCCCUAAUCUACUCUUUGAGAAACAAGGAUGUGAAGGAAGCUUUAAGAAAGCUUUGGGGGGCCAGCAGGGCACAGAAACUGUACUGGCUCUUCAAAGGACAGCUUCUCAAGCCACCUCUAUGGUGUGGAGACAAGUAG